UCACAGAGGUACUUGGCUCAUGUCAGUCAGACUUGAAGAAUGACUGCAUUUACACUGGCAUUGCCACUCAUUGAACACUUGUUCUCAUGUAAUGUGGUAAUGUUAUACUAGACAGGCACAAGAGCUUGCUGCUUUCCAUUGCAACAGAAUAAACCACUGGAAGUUGACUGGCAUCUGUGGAACAUGUCAGGGAUACAAAUUGUUGCAUUCCUCUUCUGUUUCUGUGGGAUAGGAGCAAUUAUCGCAGCCACGGCCUCAAACGAAUGGAAAGUCACCAGCCGGGCGUCAUCGGUGAUAACAGCAACUUGGGUCUUCCAGGGCCUCUGGAUGAACUGCGCAGGAAACGCUCUGGGGGCUUUCCACUGUAGGCCUCAUCUGACUAUCUUCAGCAUAGAGGGUUACAUUCAAGCUUGCAGAGGACUCAUGAUUGCUGCUGUCUGCCUUGGGUUUUUUGGCUCUGUAUUUGCACUGAUUGGGAUGAAGUGUACAAAAGUUGGAGGCUCAGACCAAACUAAAGCUAAAAUUGCUUGUUUUGCUGGCCUGAUUUUUAUUCUUUCAGGACUGAGCGCAUUGACUGGUUGCUCCCUCUAUGCCCACCGAAUCACAUCUGAGUUCUUUGACCCCACAUUUAUUGCACAAAAGUAUGAACUAGGAGCAGCUUUAUUCAUUGGUUGGGCUGGAGCAUCGCUUUGCAUAAUUGGUGGCAGCAUAUUCUGCUUCUCCAUUGCUGAAAACAAACAAACUCCACGGACGGUAUAUACAUACAACAGACCUGCUUCUGUGAUGUCUACUCGAACCAAGGCCUAUUCAGCAGAUUUUAAAACAUCCAAGACCCCUCCAAAGCACUUCGACAAAAAUGCCUAUGUGUAGCUGGAUGGUUGGAGGAACCUUUUUAUUUUAAAAAAUCACACAUAUGUGCUGUCCACCCACAAAAUGAUUCUUAGGAGUGGCUUGGUGUCUUGAGCAUCAGCAAUUAAGACUAUUUUAUAAAUGAACUUUUGUCUACUUGAUGUAAAUUUUCUUCAUGCCUUGUUUUAAGAUUUAUACUUAUAUUAGACAUAAAUUAUAUCUGAAAAAUAACUUGAUAUUUUUUGCUUUCUGUCAAAAAAAUUAUGAACGAAGUCAUACUGAUUAUAGCCAAUAUUGUCAGGGAUCUGCAGAAUCUAACAAGAGUUUAAAAGUUGCAGCUCUUAAAUGGGUACCACCAGUUUUGAAGAUGUGCCUUUAAGAAGUUGGGAGUAGUUUUAAAAACAUAUUAAAAUAGACUGAGAUAAGCUUAAGCAAAAUCUCAGCAAUUAGUUAUGUAACAUCAACACUGUGUUCCAAUUCCAGUUUCACAGCUAUAUGGAUUAAAAUCCAUAAAAAAUUAUCUGACACAAAACAAAGUAUUUUCCUCUUCAACUCUACACAAGGUUGAAAUCAGAAUUUUGCGUUUGUAUAAGGCAGCUCGUGUUCCACUGAAUAUCAUGAACAGAAAAAUGUCUCUGUUCCUGAGGAGUUUUCUGUGUUGUUUCACUUAACUUAAUCCCUUGCCUGCAAAUAGGUUGAUUUAAAUCAAGGCAGCCUCAAUUAUUGCUUGAAACAAUCAACUUUGCCCCUGAAGGGGUGUCAUACUGAAAAUUGAAAGUCUAAUCAGACCACUAAAACAAUACUUAAGUACAAAGUAAUACAGAUUUUGUUACAUCACUUUAUCCUGUGUAAUUUUUUAGAUAAUGUGAUCUAGAAACUAGGGAGUAUUUUUUUUUUUUUUUUGGUCUUCUAGUCAGUGCCUGGACUGACUUCUAGUGACAACUGCCUGGACUAGUCCCUGCAGUUUUCUUGGCAAGUUUUUCAGAAAUGGUUUGG